AUGAGGCCAAGUUGGAUUGGCUUGUUACUAAUACAAAUUCUUGUAUUUGGAUCUUUUGCUGAAGACAAUGAGGGUGUUGAAAAGGGUACCGAUGAGGAAAAGGAAGCCUUUGUUCCAGCAACAUUCAUAACACCAUCACUAUCGAUUAAGCCAUAUUUCUUCGACUAUUUCCCGACAAGUGAAAAGAUUGGUGAUCGAUGGAUUGCGAGUAAAGCGAAGAAAGACGAAGCCGAUGCAGAAAUCAGCAAAUACGAUGGACAAUGGGUGAUCGGUGCGCCAAGCGAUGUCUCAAUUCAAGACGAUCACGGUCUCAUCGUUAUCAAUAAAGCUCGUCAUCAUGCUAUUGCCGCAAAAUUAGAUAAAGCAUUCGAAUUUGUUGAAGAUGGAAAGCCGCUUGUUUUACAAUACGAGGCUCAGUUUGAGGAAGGUCAAGAAUGUGGUGGUGGAUAUUUGAAAUUGCUUAGUCAAGGCUCUGAAAAGAGCUUGGAAAACUUUCAGGACAAAACUCCAUACACAAUCAUGUUUGGUCCAGACAAAUGUGGCCCCAGCGGCAAAGUGCAUCUCAUUUUCAAGUACACCAACCCGAAAAAUGGAUCUGUUGAUGAAUAUCAUGCUAAACAGCCGGACAAUAUUGGAACAUCGUAUUGGGAUGAUCACAAGACACACCUCUACACGCUGGUUGUGAAAUCGUCUGGCGAUUAUGAAGUGAAAGUCGAUGAACGAUCGCUUUUCUAUGGGAAUUUGUUGAAGAACGUGAAUCCAUCGCUUACUCCACCAGAAAUCAUCGCUGAUCCCGAAGAUAAGAAGCCAGAAGAUUGGGAUGAUCGAGCAGAGAUCGAUGAUGAAACAGCUGUAAAGCCAGAGGAUUGGGACGAAAGUCAACCAAAGGAAGUCCUCAAUGAAGCUGCUACAAAACCCAGUGAUUGGCUUGAAGAUGAGAAUGAAUUGAUUCCGGAUCCAGAAGCUGCACGGCCAUCAGAUUGGGAUGAUGAUAUGGAUGGUGAAUGGGAGCCACCAAUGAUCAACAACCCGGCUUGUGUUGGAAAAAGUGGUUGUGGGGAAUGGAAACGACCAUCUAUUCCAAAUCCUUUAUACAAAGGUAAAUGGAGGCGUCCUAAAGUCGCAAACCUUGCUUUCAAAGGAGUUUGGACUGCCCAGGAAAUUCCGAAUCCUCACCACUUUUUGCCGACACCUUUUGGUGGAUUAGCUCCCAUCUCUGCAAUUGGAAUCGAGUUAUGGACAAUGAGCGAAAGAAUUAUUUUUGACAACAUUCUUGUGACUGACAGCGAAGAAUUGGCGGCUGAAGUUGCUGCACAAACAUACGCCAUUCGAAAGCAAGAAGCUGAGAGAUACGCUAGAAGCAAAGGUGAUGGAGGAGGCUUCUGGUAUUCUUUGUCUUCAACAUUUAACGAGCGCCCAUGGCUAUUCCUUGUCUUGGCUCUUUGUGUCAUUCUCCCAGGCAUUGGAAUUGCAAUGUGCUGCUUUGGACGAAAAUCUUCAGCUCCGGUCACUUCAGCUGAUGCCCUUAGAAAGAAAACCGAUGCGCUGGUUCCAGAUGAUGAUGAGAACUUAGCAAAGACACAAAAAGGGAACAAGGAUGGACCGAUUGAGGAAGAAAUCGAAGAUGAAGAAGAUCAGGAAAAGAAUGGAUCACAUGAUCGCUCACGUACAAAUUCACAAAGUAGCAGCCAUUCGCAUGGUGUUGCGAAAACCUAUGGAGAUUUGGAGGAUUCCGGAUCUGACAUGGAAGUCGGUUAUGAAGAGGAUGAGUUGAAGCGUGAGGAAGCAGUUGAAGAAACUCCAGCUUCUUCAAACGAUUCUGAGUCGCAUAUCGCUGCUGCACAAAAGGAAAAGACCACUGCCGUCAAACGCAAGCCAAGAAAAGAUCAA